AUGCCGUUCUGUAUACCGUCGGCUGGGAGCGUGGAAACCAUCGAAACUGACGCGACGGAACCAGCUGCCCUUGCUGGCAUGGUCCGAGUCCGCGAAACGUUUUCGCAACCCGUUGUGGCUGCCUUCUGUGCUGGAGGUGUCGCUGGUGCCGUUUCUCGGACUGUCGUAUCGCCCCUCGAACGUCUUAAAAUCUUGUUCCAAGUUCAGAGUGUUGGGCGCGAUGCCUACAAGUUGUCUGUUGGUCAAGGCCUUGCCAAAAUGUGGCGGGAGGAAGGCUGGAGAGGCUUCAUGCGAGGCAAUGGAACCAAUUGCGUCCGCAUUGUUCCGUACUCAGCUGUCCAGUUUGGCAGUUACAAUUUUUACAAGAGGAAUUUCUUUGAGAAGCAGCCUGGUGCAGACUUGUCCCCCCUUGCCCGCCUGACCUGCGGCGGCAUUGCUGGAAUUACCUCUGUUUUCUUCACCUACCCCCUCGAUAUUGUGCGGACCCGCCUCUCCAUCCAAUCUGCCUCCUUUGCCGAGCUGGGUGACCGACCCAAGGAGCUUCCUGGCAUGUGGGCCACCAUGGGGAAGAUGUACAAGACGGAAGGUGGUUUUUCUGCGCUCUACCGUGGCAUCAUUCCGACGGUUGCCGGUGUCGCCCCCUACGUUGGCCUCAAUUUUAUGGUCUACGAAUGGGUUCGCAAAUACCUGACUCCUGAGGGCGACAAGAAUCCCAGUGCCGUCAGGAAACUGCUCGCCGGAGCGGUGUCGGGAGCUGUCGCUCAGACGUGUACUUACCCCUUUGACGUUCUACGUCGUAGAUUCCAGAUCAACACCAUGACGGGCAUGGGCUACCAGUACAAGGGUAUAUUCGACGCUAUCAAGGUCAUCGUCGCCCAAGAAGGCAUCAAGGGCCUUUACAAGGGAAUCGUGCCCAAUCUCCUGAAGGUUGCGCCAAGCAUGGCAUCCAGCUGGCUCAGCUUUGAGCUCUCUCGCGAUUAUUUGGCGCGCGGAAAAGAAAAAUCCUCUCCUGCCCGUUUUCCCACCCCAAUGGCCGCCUGUCCCCUCGCCGAAGCAUGCUUGAACCAAAAGGCUGACGAUGGGCUCUUCACCCCGUUUAUAGGUAUUGAUCUCGACCGCCACCACGUGCGCAGCACGCACCGCAAGGCUCCCAAGAGCGACAAUGUCUACCUCAAGCUCUUGGUGAAGCUCUACCGCUUCCUGACCCGCCGCACGGAGUCCAACUUCAACAAGGUUAUCCUGCGCCGCCUCUUCAUGUCGCGCAUCAACCGCCCUCCCGUCUCCCUCUCUCGCGUUGCCGCCAACAUUAAGAACGGCAACGAGAAGAAGACCGUCGUCAUCGUUGGCACCGUCACCGACGACAACCGUCUCCUGACCGUCCCCAAGGUCACCAUUGCGGCCCUCCGCUUCACCUCCACCGCCCGUGCCCGCAUUGCUGCCGCCGGCGGUGAGGCCAUCACCCUCGACCAGCUUGCCCUCCGCGCCCCCACCGGAAGCAACACCCUGCUCCUCCGCGGUCCCAAGAACUCCCGCGAGGCCGUCAAGCACUUCGGCUUCGGUCCCCACAAGCACAAGAAGCCCUACGUCGAGUCCAAGGGUCGCAAGUUCGAGCGUGCCCGUGGUCGCAGACGCUCUCGCGGCUUCAAGGUCUAA